AAUACCGCGUAGAAGCGCAAAUGGUUUCGGAAACAUCUCGACGCUUGACGCGACACCAACACCGGCUGUCACGUAACAGCAAAGCAGUCAAGGUUACCGGUCGAGUUUCAGUGCACACAUGGCUUGACCACUCGACAAGAUGCAUAUAGUGGACUUUGUGUCCGGAUCUGUUGCAGGGGCAUGUGGAGUGACCGUGGGCUUCCCUCUGGACACUGUGAAGGUCAGAAUCCAAACUCAGAAACAGUUCACAGGCGUGUAUCAGUGUGUACUGGAGACCAUAUCAAAAGAAGGGGUGCACGGCUUCUUCAAAGGCAUGUCGUUUCCCCUGACCACGGUCUCGCUGACGUCCUCUGUGGUGUUUGGCACCUACAGGAACUGCCUGCAGUGCAUGAAGCAGGCGAGGGGAGCUGAGUGGAGUCCAAGCACCAAACUGGAAAUCUUCUUGGCUGGGAUGGUGGGAGGUGUAGCUCAGACGUCGGUCAUGUCUCCAGGCGACAUGGUGAAAGUGCGUCUGCAGUGUCAGACAGAGUCGGCGCGGGAAGGAGUCAACAAGCUCCGACCAAAGUACCGCGGCCCGGUUCACUGCCUGCUGAGCAUCGUCAAGGAGGAGGGGCUCAGGGGGCUCUACAGAGGAGCUCUGCCGCUCAUGCUGAGAGACGGCCCGUCGUACGCCACCUACUUUUUGACUUAUGCGACCGUCUCUGAGUGGAUGUCAGGCAGCAGCAAUGAGAAAUUACACUGGAGCGGUGUGAUGCUGGCUGGAGGAGUGGCAGGAAUGGCGGGAUGGUUUGUCGGAACGCCCAUGGAUGUGAUAAAAGCCCGUCUGCAGAUGGACGGCGUGCGAGGGCCGAAGCGGUACAGGGGCUUCUUCCACUGCGUCGCGGAGACGGCGAGAGGCGAGGGAGCUGCGGUUUUCUUCAAGAGCCUGGGCAUCAACUGCCUGCGCGCAUUCCCAGUGAACAUGGUGGUGUUUUUCACGUACGAGGUUCUCACCGGUUUCCUCCGGACUGGACCGGAAGGCGUUGACUCGCCUCACGUAAGGCUGGAAUAGGAAAAUCUCCGUUUGACCCAGUGCUAAAUAUUUGGUUGCCCAGGAGCGACUGUCUCCACGAUGAUCACUAAAACUGUUACAUAUCAUGCUUUCAAAAACAUCAGUUUUGUGUUUUUGGGAAAUUCCAUCAGUCAAGCGUUACUGUAUGUGACUCCGUCUGGCCACUAGAUGGCAUCCUUGACCUGAUCCACAACUUGAGACAUUUUUAACUUAAUUCACAACCUUUAAGUGACUUGAAUCAGCCGUCCUUGUUUGGAUAGCAUUGGACAUUCGUCCCUAAACAGGCCACAUGCUUCACUUUGCUUCCACUGCUUUUUUGCAAACAAAAUGUUACAAGUGACUCAAACAUAUUGAAACUGGCUGUAACGAGUUGAACUACAUAAAAAAAAUAGGAGCGCAGAUUCUGCUUUAACAGCAAAUGUUUCCUCUUUUUUAAGCCCAGUAAAGAGGAAACCUGCCGACUAAUCAAUGGAUUAAACUCGUGUAUUAAUAUUUUCAUUUUAAUAUCGGAGUAAUGUAUUAUUUGGUGUAAGGGAACUGACUGUUACAAAGGCAGAGGCAAGCCAGGGUUCUUUAAAUGCUGGAAAUGUGUAACUUAUUUAUUUUUUAUUACUACAAUGAAUGUUUAUUAUGUCUUGUGCAAUAAAGCUCGACAAUACUU